AUGAUUGAAGAAACGAUAGAUUUGAGUAAUAAAAUAGAAGCUGGUGCAAAAACAUUCCAAGAGCAUCUGCAAAAUGUUGCUGAUCGUAUUGUUCAGUAUCAAAAUUACUUCAAGGAAUUUGUCAAAUAUGCGUCACGCGCUAAACUUGACACAAAAACAAUGCAAAAAGCACUUGAAUUAAUGAUGUCAGUACCGGAACGUGUCACCGAUAUGGCAUAUAUCAGAAAUAUUGAGCAAUAUCCGGGUGAUCUAAAUAAACUUGGACGACUUUAUCGACAUGAUUCAUUUUUGGUUUGGGAAGGUGAGCAGGAACCAACUGAGCGUUAUUUAUUUUUGUUCAAAAACAAAUUAAUGUUUACGGAUAAGAAUAACAGCAAAGAUGUGCCAUCGUACAAACAUUACGCGACGAUACGUCUUGAUAAAUACAAAAUACGAAUUUCGGAAACAGAACCGGAUAUUUUCGAGCUCGAACCAAAUGAACCAGGACUUCCGGAAUUUCAAAUUCGUGCGAAAGAUGUUCAAUCAAUGGAAUUUGUCUGGCAAGCCUGGUUAAAAGAUAUGAAUGAAAUGAAAGAACGUAAUGAGCAUGAUAUGGAAGUGGAAACAAUCAGUGAAUUAGAUAUGACGAUGAGUGAUGCUCGAUCAGAAUUCAGCGAAUAUUCCACAAUUUCCAGAAGCUUGUUUGGUCCCGAAGAAGGACCACCACGGAAGAAAAUUAAAUCACCGCCAGUUAUAUCACCAACCGCUUCAACAACCAGCCUAUAUAGUGGUGGUAGCAGCUCAAUCGAUUGGACAACAACGGGUACCACACUUGACAUGCAAGGUACACGUGUUACCAGGACACAGUAUGGUUUCAGAACACUACAAGAAUCAUCCGCAAAAAUGUGCCUUAAAGUUACUGGCUAUCCAUUACCUGAAAUCACUUGGUAUAAAGAUGAUCAGAUGCUGCAUGAAGAUGAAAGGCAUACAUUCUAUGCAGACGAAGAUGGUUUCUUUGCUUUGACCAUAGAUCCGGUACAGGUUGAAGAUACCGGACGGUACACAUGUAUGGCCACUAAUGAAUAUGGACAAGCAUCAACAUCUGCAUUCUUCAAGGUGCUCAAAGUUGAAAAAGAAGCAGCGCCACCAGCAUUUGUAACAACAUUGCAAGAUCAAGAAGUGAAAGAGGGCGAAAUAGUAUCAUUUGAAUGUGAGGUGGAAGGAUGGCCAGAACCAGAAUUGGUCUGGUUGGUCGAUGAGCAACCACUUCGACCGUCACACGAUUUUAAAUUAGAAUACGAUGGACAAAAUGCUAAACUCGAAAUUCGCGAUGCGCAACCGGAAGAUACCGGUAUCUAUUCGGUACGAAUCAAGAAUGAAUAUGGUUCUGCUGAAUCAAAAGCAAAACUGACGGUGGAACCGGAUCCGGAUAAGAAUCAUGUCGCACCCGAAUUUCAGGCAGUAAUCGAAGAUGUCGAAUGCAAUGAAGGAGAUACUGUUAAAUUUAAAGCAGUUCUUACCGGCGAUCCUGUCCCAGAAGUGGUUUGGAUGAUCAAUGGUAUACCAUUAUCUGAAUCAGAUAAGAUCAAAUUUAUCAAUGAAGAUGGAAUUUGUAUUCUAACAAUUACUGAUGUUUCUAGACAUUUUGAUGGUACUGUUACAUGUCAAGGUGUUAAUCGACUUGGCACACGAAGUUGUGAUGCUCAGUUAAAAGUACGGGUACCACCAUCUGCGCCACAUUUUGAACGUCCACUUGAGGAUAAAAUUUCACAGGAGGAGCAAAUAAUUGUCUUAGAAACAGAAAUUAGCGGCUUUCCGGAUCCAAAUGUUUCGUUUAUGAUGAAAGGAAAACCGAUUGUAUCCGGUGAAAAUGGUAUUGAAAUUAUCAACGUUGGUAAUGGAUGCUAUAAAAUUGAAAUUUCAAAAGCUAACAUUGAAUUACAUGACGGUGAAAUUGUUUGUACAGCAACUAAUAAUCAUGGACAAGCAGAAAGUAGAGCACGCAUUGUUGUGGAGCCGAUUGAUAAAGAUUCACUUUCAGCGCCUACUUUUGUUAAAGAUAUUGAAGAUCAGACUGUUAAAUAUGGUGAAAUGGCUGUUUUUGAAACAUCCGUUCGUGGAAGUCCAAAUCUGGAAAUUUCCUGGUUCAUAAAUGGCCAAAAAGUUGAUAAGACAACAGAUGGAAUACGCAUUGAAAUACAAUCAGUUACAGAUCAUAAGCUUAUCGUUGACUCAGCAAAAUAUGCAGGAACUAUUUUAUGCAGAGCCGAAAAUUCUGUUGGUCGUUAUGAAACAAAAGCAAAAUUGACAGUAAUUUCUGGUGAAAAGAAAAAACGUGCACCAGAAUUUAUUGAAAAAUUAGCAGAUGUAAAUGUUAUUGAGGAAUCGAAUGCUAUUUUUGAAGUUCGUAUUGAAGCUGAACCGAUGGCUAAAUUGAAAUGGUUUUUGAACGAAAAAGAAUUAACCGAAUCAGAUCAUAUCAAAAUUCGUGAAUUUGACGGUAGCUGGAAAUUGGAAAUGAAUAAAGUAACAAUUGAAGAAAAUGGUAUCAUUCGUUGUGUGGCAGAAAAUUCCGAAGGUAAUGCAGAAACAACGGCGCAUUUGACAGUUAACAAGAAACCAUUAGCGCCACAAUUUGAAGAUCGUCCAAAAAAUGUUACCGUUGAACGGGGUCAGGAAGCUCAAUUCCAGGCUCAUGCAAUUGCAGUACCUGACCCCAUAUAUCAAUGGUCCAUUGGUGGUCGAAAAAUUAAAGAAACUACAGAAGGUGCUAAAGUUGAAACGAUCAAUGGUGUUUCAACACUUACAAUUGAUACUAAAAUUUUCGAUUCUUCUACUGUUUCUGUGACAGCUACAAAUUCCAUAGGUGUUGAUGAAACUGGCGCUUUGUUGACUGUACAGGAAAAAGAAGCAAAGGAAGAAGGAACAGAAGAUUUAAAAGAAUCUGGCGAUACUACGGUGGAAAAAAUGCCAGUAAUCAAGAAGGCACUUCAUGAUCAAACUGUUAAACAUGGUGAAAUAGCCAAUUUUGAGGUUUCCAUUGAACCAAAUGAGGUUGUCGCGGAAUGGUACAGCAAUGGAAACAAACUGACCGAUGGGAUGCCAGGUGUAAAAAUUUCUCAUCAGAAUUGCGAUUUCAAAUUAACUAUUGAUUCGACCUUGUAUGCUGGUGUCAUUAGCUUUAAAGCUUCAAAUAAAGCCGGUAAAGCGGAAAGUAGUGCGAAUCUGAUUGCUAUCCAGAAAGCACCGGAAUUUCUGAAUACACUCAGUGAUAUUUCGGUCAAGGAAGGAGAUAACGUGGAAGUUACUAUUGAGUCUAGCAGUAAUGCUACCUUUGAAUGGGCACUAAACGAGAAAACUUUACAGAGCGGUGUUGGAGGUAUCACAAUCAGAAAUGAGGAAAGUAAGAGUGUUUUGAUAUUCGAAAAAGUUUCGCUGCAACAAGCUGGUAAUAUCAAAGUAACAGCAACUAAUGAAGGUGGACAAGCGUGUUCUUCUUUUAAUAUGACUGUCACUGAAAAAGAUAUAGCACCUGAAAUUGUAACAGGACCAAAUUCAUUGUCUAUCAAAGAGAAUGACACAGCUGAAUUUCGAGUUGAAAUAACCGGAAAGCCAACACCGAUAGUAAAAUGGCAAUUAAAUGGACGUGAGCUAACAUCAUCGGAUGCAAAUAUUAGCAUGAAAUCGUUUGAAGAAGUUUACAUCCUAAAGAUUGAAAGAGCAAACGUGAAACACGCCGGUGAAGUGGUUGUUACUGCAGAAAAUACAGCCGGUAUGGUAGGCAAGGAAGUUGUUUUGAAAGUUGAACCGGAUCUAACAAAGCCAGUGUUUAAGACACAUUUAAUCGAUCGUAGCGUAAACGAAAAUGAACCAUUACGAUGGGAUAUUGCAAUCGAACGUCCAUACAAAGGAGUGACAAUGAAGUGGUUUUUGAACGGUAAAGAGCUAACAAACAACGAAAAUAUACAAAUUAUUGAUCAUGGUAUGUCAAGUCAAACUCACGGUGAAGGAAAAUAUCAUAUAACCAUAAAUGAAGCUAAACCAGACAUGUCCGGAACAUUAAUUGCUAAAGCGACAAAUUCCUAUGGAACCAGUGAAUCACAUGCAUCCGUUGAAGUCAAAGAAAUAGCUCGUAAACCGGAAAUUCUAAGACAGCCACAGAAUCAUGAAGUUGAGGAAAAUCAAACUGCAAAAUUUAGCGCCAUAAUUUCCGGAAAACCUAUACCAACAAUUACAAUCAAAGCAGAAAAUGCAGAAGGUCAAGUGGAAGCAAGCGCAAAUUUAACUGUUAACAAAAAAUCGGAACCACCAAAUAUUUUAGCUGAAAUGAAAAGUCGUCAGGUAAAUGAAGGUGAAACGGUAAAUUUUUCGAUUAAAGUAGCCGGUUAUCCAACACCAGAGGUAACAUGGUUUCGUAAUGGAGAACCAAUCGUACCUGGCAGCAAUAUCAAAAUUACUGAAGAGGAUGGUGUGCAUACAUUGGUGUUCAGUGAUGUUCUACCGGAACAAAGCGGUGAAAUUUCAUGUGAAGCAAAGAAUAGCGUGGGAUCCAAAAAGCAAUUAGCAACAUUAACGGUUAAGCCAACCGGCAGUGCACCAUUUUUUGAGAAAAAUAUCGCAGAUAAAUUGGUGGUGGAAGGAGAAGAAUUAAUUAUGGAUGCUAAACUUGCUGAGGUCAAACCUGCUCCUACAAUAUCGUGGUUAAAAGAUGGUAAACCAUUGGAGGAUGCUCGUUUCAAAUUAAGUCGAGAAGAAAAUGGAGUAUUAAAAUUGAAAAUUGAUUCUGUUGAACUAAAUGAUAAGUCACGGAUUACAAUACGAGCUGAGAAUCAAUUCGGAUCAGCUGAUUGCUCGGCAUCAAUUGGAGUAACGAAAAAGCGUCCGAUGGCAAAACCAGCUUUUCUAUCCGAUAUACCAGCAACCACAGUUACCGAAGGAGAAUCCCUCAAUGUUAAAGUAAUUAUCACCGGUGAUCCUGUACCAUUCACAAAAUGGUAUAUCAAUGAUCAGUAUUAA